GCCGCCCCCGCGAAGGAGCCGGGACGGUGUCUUGGGCUCCCGCUCCCCGGUGAGCACCCGCCGGGGCGGAGGGCGAUGUCUGCCGGGGCCCGCCGCGGUCCCCGGGGCAGCCGGGCGCAGCAGCUCGCGCCCCUCUGGUGCUUCUCGGCCGCGCUGGGCGUUCUGUGGACCCCCGCCUCGCAGGCGUUCAACUUGGACGUAGACAAGCUCACGGUGUACAGCGGCCCCGAGGGCAGCUACUUCGGCUACGCGGUGGACUUCCAUAUACCUGCCGCUCGCACAGCGAGUGUCUUGGUGGGGGCGCCCAAAGCCAACACCAGCCAGCCAGACAUCGUGGAAGGGGGAGCCGUCUAUUACUGUCCUUGGCCCGCCGAGGGGUCUGCGCAGUGCAAGCAGAUACCGUUUGACAACACCAACAACAGAAAGAUCAGAGUUAACGGAACCAAGGAACCUAUAGAAUUUAAAUCCAAUCAGUGGUUUGGAGCAACAGUGAAAGCUCACAAAGGGGAAGUUGUGGCCUGCGCCUCUCUGUAUCACUGGAGAACUCUCAAACCAACACCAGAAAAGGACCCAGUUGGCACUUGCUAUGUAGCAAUCCAGAAUUUCAGUGCGUACGCAGAGUACUCUCCCUGUCGGAACAGUAAUGCUGAUCCAGAAGGCCAGGGUUACUGCCAAGCAGGAUUUAGUCUGGAUUUUUAUAAGAAUGGAGACCUCAUAGUAGGAGGACCGGGAAGUUUUUAUUGGCAAGGUCAGGUGAUCACUGCCAGUAUUGCAGAUAUCAUUGCAAAUUACUCAUUCAAGGAUAUUCUAAGGAAAUUGGCUCGAGAAAAACAGACAGACGUGGCUCCAGCUUCCUAUGAUGAUAGUUACCUUGGAUAUUCAGUUGCUGCUGGGGAAUUUACUGGAGACUCUGAGCAAGAACUGGUUGCUGGCAUUCCAAGAGGAGCACAGAAUUUUGGAUAUGUUUCAAUCAUUAACUCUACAGAUAUGACUUUUAUUCAGAAUUUCACUGGCGAACAGAUGGCAUCUUAUUUUGGAUAUACGGUCACAGUGUCAGAUGUUAACAAUGAUGGAAUGGAUGACGUAUUGAUUGGGGCACCUCUCUUUAUGGAACGUGAAUUUGAGAGCAGCCCUAGAGAAGUAGGGCAAGUUUACCUGUAUUUGCAAGUGAGCGCGCUUGUCUUCAGGGACCCGCAGAUCCUUGCAGGCACCGAGGUUUUCGGGAGAUUCGGUAGUGCUGUGGCACACUUAGGAGACCUGAACCAAGAUGGUUACAAUGACAUUGCCAUUGGAGCACCCUUUGCAGGCAAGGAUCAAAGAGGCAAAGUGCUCAUUUACAACGGGAACGAGGAUGGCUUAAACACCAAGCCUUCCCAAACUCUGCAGGGAGUGUGGGCCUCACAGACCAUCCCUUCGGGCUUCGGCUUUACUCUAAGAGGAGACUCAGACAUAGACAAGAAUGAUUACCCAGAUUUAAUUGUAGGUGCAUUCGGAACAGGAAAAGUAGCUGUUUACAGAGCAAGACCAGUUGUGACCGUGGAUGCCCAGCUUUUGCUGCACCCAGUGAUUAUCAAUCUGGAAAAUAAAACAUGCCAGAUUCCAGAGUCUCUGUCAUCUGUGGCCUGCUUCUCUUUAAGAGUAUGUGCAUCUGUAACAGGCCAGAGCAUUUCAAAUCCAGUAGGCUUGACUGCCGAGGUGCACGUAGACUCCCUAAAACAAAAAGGAGCCAUUAAGCGCACGCUCUUCCUUGACAACCAUCAGUCCCAUCGCAUCUUCCCCCUUCGCAUAAAGCGGCAGAAAUCCCUCCACUGCCAGGAUUUUGUCGUUUACCUCCGAGAUGAAACUGAAUUCCGAGAUAAAUUAUCUCCAAUCAACAUUAGCUUGAAUUACAGUUUGGAUGAAUCCACCUUUAAAGAAGGCCCAGAAGUGCAACCGAUAUUGAAUUACUACAUGGAAAACACCGUGACCCAACAGGCUCACAUCCUGGUGGAUUGUGGCAAAGACAACGUAUGCAUUCCUGACUUGAAGCUGUCAGCUAGACCAGAUAAGCAUCAGGUCAUCAUUGGAGAUGAAAAUCAUCUUACGCUCAUAAUCAAUGCAAGAAAUGAAGGAGAAGGUGCCUACGAAGCUGAACUCUUCGUGAUAAUACCAGAAGAGGCAGAUUAUGUUGGGAUUGAACGCAGCAACAAGGACCUGCGACCACUGAGCUGUGAGUACAAGAUGGAAAAUAUAACCAGGAUGGUGGUAUGUGACCUUGGGAACCCUAUGGUGGCUGGAACAAAUUAUUCUCUGGGCCUCCGAUUUGCAGUUCCACGUCUUGAGAAAACAAACAUGAGCAUUAACUUCGAUCUCCAAAUCAGAAGUUCCAACAGGGACAACCCAGACAGCAAUUUUGUGAGCCUGCAAAUCAACAUCACUGCUGUAGCUCAAGUAGAAAUAAGAGGAGUAUCCCACCCUCCGCAGAUUGUUCUGCCCAUUCGUAACUGGGAACCGGAAGAGGAGCCCCGCAAAGAGGAAGGAGUUGGGCCAUUGGUGGAACAUAUUUAUGAGCUGCACAAUAUUGGACCGAGUACCAUCAGCGACACUCUUCUGGAGGUGGGCUGGCCAUUCUCUGCCCGGGACGAAUUUCUCCUCUACAUUUUUCAUAUCCAAACUCUGGGACCUCUGCAGUGUCAAACAAAUCCUAAUAUCAACCCACAGGAUAUAAAGCCCGCCACCCCCCCAGAGGACACCCCCGAGCUCAGUGCCUUUUUGCGAAACUCGACCAUCCCUCAUCUUGUCAGGAAGAGAGACGUGCGGAUGCCGGAGCCCCAUAGACAGAGCCCCGCAAAAAUCUUGAAUUGUACAAAUAUCGAGUGCUUACAAAUCUCCUGUGCAGUGGGGCGGCUAGAAGGAGGAGAAAGUGCCGUCCUAAAAGUCAGGUCACGGUUAUGGGCCAAGACCUUCCUCCAGAGAAAAAAUGACCCCUAUUCUCUUGCAUCCCUGGUGUCCUUCAAAGUUAAGAAGAUGCCUUAUAAAGAUCAGCCAGCAAAACUCCCAGAAGGAAGCAUAGCAAUUAAGACAUCAGUUAUUUGGACAACCCCAAAUGUUUCCUUCUCAAUCCCAUUAUGGGUAAUAAUACUAGCAAUCCUUCUUGGAUUAUUGGUUCUGGCCAUCUUAACGUUAGCUUUAUGGAAGUGUGGAUUCUUUGACAGAGCGAGACCCCCCCAAGAUGAUAUGAAUGACAGGGAGCAAUUGACAGAUGAGAAAGCCGCGGAGGCAUGAGAAGUAAAACCCCAAGCUCAAAACACACAAACACUGGUCCUGUUCAAGGAAAAGAAGGAACACAAAGGUUCAGUAGAUGUUUCCCUGUACUUGCCAGUGACCUAGGAAAUGGAAGGGCCCCAGAAAUAUCACUUCAUCUAUGCUGCACUUUGGAGAAGCUGCCACAGAGCCCAGAGACCGUUCUGGGUGAUGUAACGUCCAUCCUCAACACUGUGGAAACCAUUAGCAAUCAUGGAAGACGUCUUUUGCUUUAGUCGUUCUGUCUUUGGCAGACGCUCUGAAAUGGACAUGGAAACUCAAGUUGCUUUCCAGGUAAAUCCAACUCAAGUUGCAGAGAUGAACUGUCUGAAUCACAAUCGACUUCGGAAGGUGAACUAGGACCGAACCUUCCAACACUACUGCAUCCAACGGAAUAUUCGACACCUCCC